ACUCUACACUACAAUACAAUCUCUACUAAAACAUUUUCUUUCUCUUUUUAUUUUUAUUAUUAAAUUAAAUAAAUUUGCUCUCUCUGUCACUUCAUUCAUUUCCGAGUUUUCAAUUCCUCUUCUUCUUCUUCUUCUUCACAGUAAAUAGAUGAUAAUUCAGUUUAAGAAAGAAGGAGAGAAAAAAAGAAUGUAAAUUUCAUCUAAGCCAUAAAAAACCCAAAAAAGCUUUCUUUUCUUUCAUAUUUAUGCUCUUUUAAAGUGAAAAAGAAAAAAAGAAGAAGAAGAAAUUAAAUUAAAUAAACAACAACAACCGUCCAAGCUAAAAACAUACUUUGUUGUUGUUAUGGGUUCGUCCUAUUCCUUAUUUUCACCAUAAUUUUCUUUCCAUUUUCACGUAAGAAUCAAAAUUUGGAGAUAUGGGUUUUGUACUAUUGGAUGAUAAAAUUUAGCAAACAAACACAGUGCUAAAGAAGAAGAAGAAGAAGAAGAAGACCCAUUAAUGGCUUCUGGUGGUAAAGCAGCUUAUGCUCAGCAACAACAACAACAACAAGCUCAGUCUUCAGGUACAAGUAAUAUACGAGCUCAAAAUACAGAGUCCAUGAACAAAGCCAUUGCUCAGUAUACCCUUGAUGCUCGACUCCAUGCCGCCUUUGAACAAUCCGGUGAGUCUGGUAAGUCUUUUGACUACUCAAAAUCCGUUAGAACCACUACCUCAAACUCAGUGCCGGCGGAGAAGGAAAUCACAGCUUACUUGACGAGAAUCCAGAGAGGUGGUCAUAUCCAACCCUUUGGGUGUAUGAUGGCCGUUGAUGAAUCCACGUUUCGGAUCAUUGGUUACAGUGAGAACGCUCGAGAUUUGUUGGGUCUAACCCCUCAAUCAGUUCCAAGCCUCGAAAAGCCUGAGAUCCUAACUAUCGGAACCGAUAUCCGUACACUCUUUUCUCAUUCGAGCUCUUCACUGCUCGAGAAGGCUUUUCGAGCUCGGGAAAUCACGCUCUUGAACCCAGUUUGGAUUCAUUCCAAGAAUUCUGGAAAGCCCUUUUAUGCGAUUCUUCAUCGAAUCGAUGUUGGGAUUGUGAUUGAUUUGGAACCCGCGAGGACAGAGGACCCUGCUCUGUCCAUAGCCGGAGCCGUACAGUCUCAGAAGCUUGCUGUAAGAGCAAUUUCUCACUUGCAGUCUCUUCCCGGUGGUGAUAUCAAGCUGUUGUGUGAUACUGUAGUUGGGAGUGUGAGAGAGCUUACUGGUUAUGAUAGGGUCAUGGUUUACAAGUUUCAUGAAGAUGAACAUGGUGAGGUUGUUGCUGAGAGCAAGAGGGCUGAUUUGGAACCCUACAUUGGGCUGCACUAUCCAGCCACUGAUAUUCCUCAGGCUUCCAGGUUCUUGUUCAAGCAGAAUCGAGUUCGAAUGAUCGUUGAUUGUAAUGCCUCUUUGGUUCGGGUAAUUCAAGAUGAAGGACUAAUGCAGCCUCUUUGCUUGGUUGGUUCUACUCUUAGAGCUCCUCAUGGUUGUCACACUCAAUACAUGGCUAAUAUGGGUUCUAUAGCUUCUUUGGUAAUGGCGGUUAUCAUCAAUGGAAAUGAGGAGGAAGCUGGUGGUGGUAGGAACACUAUGAAGCUUUGGGGUCUUGUUGUUUGUCAUCAUACUUCAGCUCGGAGCAUACCGUUCCCUUUAAGGUAUGCUUGUGAGUUUCUUAUGCAAGCUUUUGGACUCCAGUUGAAUAUGGAGUUGCAAUUGGCUUGUCAGUUGUCUGAAAAACAUGUUCUUAGGACUCAAACUUUAUUGUGUGAUAUGCUUCUUCGUGAUUCUCCUACUGGGAUUGUUACUCAAAGUCCUAGCAUUAUGGACUUGGUGAAGUGUGAUGGUGCAGCACUGUAUUACCAAGGGAAGUAUUAUCCACUUGGUGUUACCCCAACUGAAGCUCAGAUAAAGGACAUUGUGGAAUGGUUGUUGGCUCACCAUGGAGACUCAACUGGUUUGAGUACAGACAGUUUGGCUGAUGCAGGGUAUCCUGGUGCAGCAAUGCUUGGUGAUGAAGUUUGUGGUAUGGCUGUUGCUUCUAUCACAAAAAAAGAUUUUCUUUUUUGGUUUAGAUCCCACACUGCUAAGGAGGUCAAAUGGGGUGGUGCAAAGCACCAUCCCGAGGACAAGGAUGAUGGACAGAGGAUGCAUCCUCGUUCUUCCUUCAAGGCGUUUCUGGAAGUGGUGAAAAGCCGUAGUUUACCUUGGGAGAAUGCAGAAAUGGAUGCAAUUCACUCUUUGCAGCUUAUUCUGCGAGAUUCAUUUAGGGACGCCAAGGCAAGUAAUUCUAAGGCUGUUGUAAAGGCCCAGGUUGAGGGGGAUAUGGAGUUGCACGGGAUUGAUGAACUAAGUUCGGUUGCAAGAGAAAUGGUUAGGUUGAUUGAGACUGCAACUGCUCCUAUACUUGCUGUUGAUGUUGAUGGCCGUAUAAAUGGGUGGAAUGCUAAGGUUGCAGAGUUGACAGGACUCUCUACAGAUGAUGCUAUUGGGAGAUCUUUGGUCCAUGAUCUUGUUUAUAAGGAAUCCAAAGAAACUGUUGAAGAACUCCUUAACAGUGCUUUAGAAGGAAAAGAAGAUAAGAAUAUAGAGAUAAAGAUGAGAACAUUUGGCCCGGAACACCAUAAUGAUCCUGUUUUUUUGGUGGUUAAUGCUUGCUCUAGCAGGGAUUUUACAAACAAUAUAGUUGGUGUUUGCUUUGUUGGUCAGGAUGUUACUGGUCAGAAAGUUGUCAUGGACAAAUUCAUUAAAUUACAAGGCGAUUACAAGGCAAUAGUUCACAAUCCUAAUCCUCUGAUUCCUCCCAUAUUUGCAUCAGAUGAUAACACAUGUUGUUCAGAAUGGAAUACUGCUAUGGAAAAGCUCACUGGAUGGACUAAAGAAGAAGUCAAUGGGAAAAUGUUGGUUGGGGAGAUCUUUGGCAGUUGUUGUCGGCUCAAGGGUCCGGAUACUUUGACAAAGUUCAUGAUUGUACUGCACAGUGCCAUUGGAGGGAAGGAUGCAGACAAAUUUCCCUUUUCAUUCUUCGAUCGAAAUGGAACAUUCGUACAAGUUCUCUUGACAGCAAAUAAGAGAGUUAAUAUGGAGGGUCAAGUGAUUGGAGCUUUCUGCUUCUUGCAAAUUGCUAGUCCUGAGUUGCAGCAAGCUCUUCAAGUUCAGAGGCAACAGGAGAAGAAAGAUUUUUCUAGGGUGAAAGAGUUGGCUUACAUUUGUCAGGAAAUAAAAAAUCCAUUAAAUGGCAUCCGCUUCACUAACUCUCUCUUGGAAUCAACCGAAUUAACAGAAGAUCAAAGGCAGUUUCUUGAGACUAGUGCUGCUUGCGAGAAGCAAAUGUUGAAGAUCGUAAGAGAUGUUGAUCUGGAUAGUAUUGAGCAUGGUUCAUUGGAGCUUGAGAAGGCGGAAUUUCUACUUGGAAGUGUAAUAAAUGCUGUUGUUAGCCAAGUAAUGAUGCUGCUAAGGGAAAGGAGUCUACAGCUUAUUCGAGAUAUCCCAGAAGAAAUCAAAACAGUGACAGUUUAUGGUGAUCAGGUGAGAAUUCAACAGGUAUUGGCUGAAUUCCUACUGAAUAUGGUGCGUUAUGCGCCAGCUGAAGGCUGGGUGGAGAUUCUUGUUCGUCCUAGCUUGAAGAACGGUCCAGAUGACCAGACUCUACUUCAUACUGAAUUCAGGAUGGUAUGCCCCGGGGAAGGCCUGCCUCCUGAGCUGGUUCAGGACAUGUUCCACAGCAGUAGAUGGAUGACUCAGGAGGGGUUAGGGCUGAGCAUGUGCAGGAAGAUUUUAAAGCUCAUGGAAAGUGAAGUUCAGUAUAUCAGAGAAUCAGAGAGAUGUUAUUUCUUGAUUGUUCUUGAACUUCCAAUUCGUCGAAGAGCCUUAAAGAGUAUUCUUGACUAAGUUAUUGACACAUAAUAUUACUAAGCUCACUUAUACUUCUUCUUUGUCUUACCUACCCUGAGGAUGAUUUUUGAUGCUAGUUACAGAUCAAACUUGAACUGAAGCAAACUGAUUUGGAUCAAGCUAUUGAUAUUCUACUUGUUUUGGCUUGCUAUAUUCAUCCUAGCUGGUGUGGGCUCACAAGGACUAAAUCACCAACUCCCCCUCAUGUAAUAUAGCUGAUUAUUUUUCAGUAUAAGUGCAGUCUUUGAAAACUACUUAACGUAAGCCAAUACCAUAUGCUAAUUUGGUGGUGUACAAUCAUUUGUUUUUUCCCAUCAAGGAGGACCAAGUAGUUGUCAUCUGAGUUUGUCUUUGAAACUUUAAAAAAGACUGAAGGAUUUUGCAGAUUCAGACUCAAAAACCAGAUUCUGGUGCAUCAUCAUCUUUCAUCGACAAACAUGUAUUCUACCUAAAUAAUUUGUAAUAUUUAUUAUCGAGUUUCGAAAUAGCUGGUACAUUUUUGCUCUCUUCUGAGUUACUCCCUCAGAAGCUAGCUCUCCCUCCUUUUGUAAAUUUCAGCUUACUCUGGAAAUAAAAUACCACUAUUUUGUGCAUUGAAA